AUGCAAACCAAACACUUCUUCUCCGAUCCGACCCAUUUGGUCUUGACCGCAUUGAACUCCAUCACUGUCACCAACCCAUCCCUUGCAUUGGACCUCGAGAAUAAGAUCGUUUUCCGCCGCCCAGAUGCGCCCCGCAAGCCUAAGAAGGUCUCCAUCGUGACCGGUGGUGGAUCCGGCCAUGAACCCGCAUUUGCGGGCUUCGUCGGCCACGGUUUGUGUGACGCGGCCGUGGCCGGUACGGUUUUCGCUUCGCCUUCUGCGGAGCAGAUCCGUCGGGCUGCGAUGGAUCGCGUCCCCACUGAUUGUGGUGUUUUGAUUAUUCCUAACAAUUACACGGGUGAUGUGCUUAAUUUUGGUAUGGCAACGGAGAAGUCUCGUGCUGCGGGUAUUCGCACCGAGUUCUUUGCUAUGGCCGAUGAUGUCGGUGUUGGCCGGAAGAAGAGCGGUAAGGUCGGUCGCCGUGGUAUUGGUGGUGCUGCAUUGAUCUUGAAGCUGGUUGGUGCUCUGGCGGAAGCUGGCGGUUCCCUCGAUGAGGUCUAUGGUCUCGCCCAGCACGUUAACAACAACUUGGUCUCCAUUGGUACUUCUUUGGAGCAUGUUCACAUUCCUGGUCGUCGAGUUCCUGAGGGCCUGGAUACUAUUGCACCUGGCGAUGCCGAGGUUGGUAUGGGUAUUCACAAUGAGCCUGGAUCCCACCGCGCCAAGGCAGACUUGGUCGAGCUGGUCUCAACUAUGCUGCGCUCGCUGCUUGAUCCCAAUGAUGCCGACCGUGCCUACGUCACUUACACCCCCAAGGACCAGUUUGUUCUUUUAAUCAACAACCUGGGUGGAGUGAGCAUCCUCGAAUUGGCCGGUAUCACUGAUGAGGUCCACCGCCAGCUGAACAAGAGCUAUAAUGUGAACCCGGUCCGUGUAAUCCAAGGCACAUUCCUUAGCAGUUUGGACGGAUUGGGCUUCAGCAUCUCGCUCCUGAAGCUAGCUGACACCGGCCUUGGAGCCGGCAAGUCCCUCAUUGAGCUACUUGAUGCUCCCGCAGAGGCCGUUGGCUGGGCUGCCCCUAUCUCCCACGCAACCUGGGAAAACCGCAUCGACACCCCAGUGCAGCUUAAAAACUCCAACCUGGCCGAGGAGAACCCAAGCAACCUCAAGCUUGACCCAGCUGUCGUUAAGAAGGUCCUCGGCGCCGGCCUGAAGCGCGUCAUCGCCGCCGAGCCCGAAGUAACCAACUACGACACGAUCGUCGGCGAUGGCGACUGCGGUGUAGGCCUCCAACGCGGUGCCGAAGCCAUUCAAGAGCUCCUCGCCAGCUCGCCCGGAAUCAGCGACGACAUCGUCAACACAGUCAACCGCAUCGUGACAGUCGUCGAGAACGUGAUGGACGGAACCUCAGGCGCCAUCUACGCGAUCUUCCUGAACGCUCUAGCUCACGGUCUCCGCGACCAAGACAAGGGCACCACAUUGCAGGCUAACACCGAAGUGUGGGCGAAGGCACUCAAGCACUCCGUCACUGCAUUGGGCCGAUACACUCCUGCUAAGCCCGGUGACCGUACCCUUAUGGAUGCACUUGUCCCGUUCUGCGAUACCCUCUACGAGAAACAUGAUGUAAAUGCUGCCUGUGAGGCUGCUAAGCAGGGUACGGAGUCUACUAAGAGUAUGAAGGCUAGUCUUGGUCGGUCUGUUUAUGUUGGUGGUGAAUCGGAAUGGAUUGGUAAGGUGCCUGACCCUGGUGCUUUUGGUCUUAGUGAGUUCCUAGCUGGACUUGCUGAGGCUGUUUAA